CCGACCAUUUCCAUUCCCAAAUCGCACUGGACAGAAACCGAACUCGCCCGAUCCCCACCAGGUAAUCACAUCCUCGCCGACGCCGGAGAAGCCGGAGCUCCCAGCCCGCCCGUCGUCGGUGCUCCUCGCCGACGCGAUGGGGAGCGCGGACCUGGUACUCAAGCCGGCGUGCGAGGGCUGCGGCAACACGUCGGACCUCUACGGCACGGGGUGCAAGCACACCACGCUAUGCAGCGAAUGCGGCAAGUCCAUGGCGCGCUCACGCGCUCGCUGUCUCGUCUGCUCCUCGCCCAUCACCAGGCUCAUCCGGGAAUAUAAUGUACGAGCUAAUGCUAUUACGGAUAAGACAUACUCUAUUGGAAGAUUUGUCACUGGUUUACCUCCUUUCUCGAAGAAGAAGAGUGCUGAGAACAAGUGGUCUCUUCAUAAGGAGGGUCUACAAGGACGGCAGAUACCUGAGAAUAUGCGGGAGAAAUACAACAGGAAACCAUGGAUUUUGGAAGAUGAAACAGGCCAGUAUCAGUAUCAAGGUCAAAUGGAAGGAUCACAGUCAGCUACAGCUACAUAUUAUUUGUUAAUGAGGCACGGCAAGGAAUUUAAUGCAUAUCCUGCUGGUUCUUGGUAUAACUUCAGUAAAAUUGCACAGUACAAACAACUAACACUGGAGGAGGCUGAAGAAAAGAUGAAUAAGAGGAAGACCAGUGCAACUGGUUACGAACGUUGGAUGAUGAAAGCAGCUGCAAAUGGGCCAGCUGCCUUUGGUUCAGACAUUAAGAAACUUGAGGCCACAAACAGUGGGGAAAAAGAAAGUGGUCGUCCUAAGAAAGCAAAAAAUAACGAGGAAGGUAAUAAUUCUGAUAAAGGUGAGGAGGAUGAAGAAGAGGAAGCAGCACGCAAGAAUAGGCUCGGACUCACUAAAAAAGGCAUGGAUGAUGAUGAGGAAGGUGGAAAAGAUCUAGACUUCGAUUUGGAUGAUGAAAUUGAGAAAGGUGAUGACUGGGAGCAUGAAGAAACAUUCACAGAUGAUGAUGAGGCUGUAGAUAUCGAUCCAGAGGAACGGGCGGAUUUAGCUCCUGAAAUUCCUGCUCCACCUGAAAUUAAGCAGGAUGAUGAAGAGAACGAAGAAGAAGGUGGCCUGAGCAAGUCUGGCAAGGAAUUAAAAAAGCUGCUUGGGCGCGCUGCUGGACUAAAUGAUUCAGAUGCUGACGAGGAUGAAGAAGAAGAAGAUCAGGAAGACGAGUCAUCUCCAGUGCUUGCUCCAAAACAGAAGGAUCAAGUUAAGGAUGAACCUGUAGAUAACAGCCCAGCUAAACAAACACCAUCAGGACAUGCUCGCAGCACACCUCCUGCUUCCAAAUUCAAGCAAAAGAGAAAAUCAGGUGCUGAUGAUACAAAAACUUCUGGUGGUGCAGCUUCAAAGAAAGCAAAGGUGGAAUCGGAUACGAAAGCAUCGGGCAUUAAAGAGGAAGCACCAGCUUCGGCAAAACCUACAUCAAAGACCUCUGCUUCAUCAAAAAGUGGGACAAAUGUGUCACCUGUCACAGAGGAUGAAAUCAGGAGUGUUCUUCUUGCUGUGGCUCCAGUAACCACACAAGAUCUAGUAUCCAGAUUCAAGUCUAGGCUUCGAGGUCCAGAGGACAAGAAUGCUUUUGCUGAAAUUCUGAAGAAAAUCUCGAAGAUACAGAAGACGAAUGGCCACAACUACGUCGUCCUUAGAGAUGAUAAGAAGUGAAGAACCCAACUUAGGUGUUGACUUCGUUUGUUGCAACCGGUAGCUGUGCUGUGUACUUCGGAUAUAAAAGAUAUUUGUAACAUGCUGCACUUUGGAGAUAAAUAAGGUUGUAACAUGUAUUAGAAGAGUUGUCUUCUAACCCCUUUACGUAGACUUUGUGUUUUCGAGGCAAGCGAUAUUUCUUCUGCUCUGCGCGAUACAUCCGACCUUGAAAAACGAAACGAUGCUAGUUACUACGUUACAAUUUUCUUAA